AUGGGUAGCUUGUUUUCAGUCUUGUGCAAUGAAGAAGAAGCUAAGAAAUUGGAUUGGAGUAAUAGGGUGACUAUCAUUAAAGGUGUAGCCUUAUCCUACAUGCAGAAUGAUGUGUCCCCGCCAAUCGUUCAUCGAGACAUAUCCAGCAAGAACAUUUUGCUAGACGCUGACUAUGAGGUUCACAUCUCAGACUUUGGCACUGCUAAGCUUCUAGAGCAUGACUCAUCUAACCGGACUGCCGUUGCUGGCACAGUUGGAUACAUAGCACUAGGUAAUCCAUCAAGCUUUUCUGGAGUUGGAGUUUCUGGAGUUCUGAAGAAAGCCUUGGUUCCCGAGUUUGGGUGGUGUAUGGAACAAAAAUGGGUUGUGGAGUCUCUUGAAGGCAAGAUAAAUGAGUUGGAAAGACAAUUGGCGUCCUUGAAACAAGAGAGACAAGAAGUGGGGGAAAAACUCCUUCAAAGGAGUAAGCAGUGUUUCCAAAGCCAAGGACAACUGAAAAAAAUAGAGGCCGAAUUGAAAAAUUCCGAGCCUAGGUGUAUGCAACUUGAGAGUGACCUUCAGGAUACUAGUUGUACCUUGGGAGCUCUUAAAGCUUUAUUAGCCGAGUAA